AUGCCUUCCUUCGGAUUUUUUCUCGCUGCGUUGGUGGCUACGGCUGCUGCAAAGCCUGCUUAUGUUGCUCCCCGGGCUAGCUGCACCUUCACUGACGCUGCAACAGCAAUUAAACAGAAGGCAUCAUGCAGUACAAUUACGUUGAACAGCAUCGCUGUUCCGGCUGGUGAGACUCUAGAUCUGACUGGUCUCAAGGACAACACCAAUGUCAUUUUUGCCGGAAAGACCACCUUUGGCUACAAGGAAUGGGCUGGCCCUCUAGUGGCAAUCUCAGGCAAUGGGAUUCAGGUACAGGGCGCCUCUGGACAUACCAUUGACUGUGCUGGCCAACGAUGGUGGGAUGGCAAAGGUUCAAACGGCGGAAAGACAAAACCAAAGUUUUUUAGUGCCCAUAACCUCAAAAACUCCAACAUCAAGUCGCUUAAUGUCUUGAACACGCCGGUUCAAGCUUUCAGCAUCAACUCGGUGACCAAUCUUGGCUUGUACAAUAUCAACAUGGACAACUCUCUCGGCGACACCGAGGGCGGACACAACACGGAUGCUUUCGACGUUGGCUCUUCGACCGGGGUAUACAUCUCUGGAGCCAUUGUCAAGAACCAGGACGACUGCUUGGCUAUCAACUCCGGUACCAACAUUACUUUUACUGGGGGAAACUGCUCCGGUGGGCAUGGCCUGUCCAUUGGGUCGGUUGGUGGCCGAAGCGACAACACAGUUAAAACGGUUCGCAUUUUGGACUCGAAAAUCUCCAACUCGCAAAACGGCGUUCGUAUCAAGACAGUUUCUGGAGCGACUGGCUCUGUUUCUGAUAUUGUCUACGAUAACAUCUCCUUGGCAAACAUUGGAACCUAUGGUAUUGUGAUCGAGCAAGAUUACAAAAAUGGUGGGCCGACGGGCACACCUACUGCUGGUGUUCCCAUCACUGGUCUUACUGUCAAUAAGGUCGUUGGCACAGUUCAGAAGGGCGGCACGAAUGUAUACAUUCUGUGCGCUGCUUGUUCUAACUGGACCUGGACCAACAAUGCAGUUACCGGAGGCACCAAGACCAAGACAAAUAAGGGCAUUCCCAAAGGAGUCUCUAUUUAA